AUGAAGGCCAUACAGACCAUUUCAGUAUGGGUGAUAAGUGGAGGUACUAAUGUCGGUGUGAGGAAGGUUGUGGGCACUGCUGUUAGAGAGGCUCGUUCCAUGGCCAGGAUAUCGAAGGAAACAAUACCAAAGUUUGCCCUUAUCGGGCUUCCACCAUGGGCUUAUGUGGCUGGGACAGACCGCUUGAUUAAUGAGAAGAAUGAGGAGAUACGACAUGUGUCUUACAAAGUAGACCCAGAAGAGAAGAGGGGGCAGCCCUCACCCCUCAAUCCUGACCACACCCAUUUCAUCCUAAUAGAUUGUGGUAGAAAGAACAAGUAUGGGGAGAGUGCGGAGUUGAAGGCUAAGAUACAGGAGCUCAUGCUGCAGCCUGAGAGCGAGGGUGGUCUAGGAAUCCCAGUGGUGAAUGUGAUCUUAGAAGGCGGUAUAGACACUUUCGAAACCGUUGCUCAUGCAGUACGGAGACAUACACCUGUUAUCCUUUGCAACGGUACAGGACGUGUAGCCGAUAUCCUCUCCUAUGCAACAAGACAUGCUGAAGAGAUUGGGGAUACUCGCCAGGUAAAGCCGUCAUGCCUGCCAAUGCUACGUGAGAAGAUACACGUCCUGCUUAACAUUGGAUACGACACACAAGAGAUGGCCGAUGUAUUGGAUAAGAUUGACCAUUGUAUAGUGGAUGAAGAUCUCUUGACCAUCUUUGAGAUGCAGAAGAAGGAGCACAUCGAUCUUGACCUGGCUAUUUUAUCUGCUCUUCUAAAAUUGCAUGCAGUGACCCCACUCAAUCAGCUUUCUCUUGCGAUGUCUUGGGACCGAGCUGAUGUUGCAGAAAGCAAGAUCUUCACUGAUGAUGUGUCUAUUCCACUGCCUAAGUUGCAUCCUUUCAUCACCGAUGCUCUCGUCAAUAACAGAGUGGAAUUUCUUCGUCUCUUCAUUGAGCGUGGUGCAAUUAUCAAGGACUAUCUCACUGUAGUCAGACUCCGACGGCUAUAUAACAGUGCUCCAGAUACAUGCUUUCUAAGAACUUUGAUAGAUGAUGUCUUGCAUAGAAAGCCCGGCCAGCCAAUUUUUCUCCAUGAUAUUGGUGUCCUCAUCAAGUAUCUGACAGGUACUCACCAUGAACCACUGUAUUCUAAUGAUAGACAUUACAGACGCAACACUAAUAGGGAGACUAGAGCUCUUCUUGUACUGUCUACCAGUCUUACUGGAAUGAACCUUCUGAAUUCAGCGCAGGAGGAGUAUAUCCACACGAACCAUUACAAGAAUGCCCUUACCACGGGGGCUGCGCAUCUGUCAUUGGUGGAAUUGGCCAACCCAGGCAUGCACUUCGAUCACCCGUUCAGGGAGCUUUUCAUAUGGGCUGUUCUUUCCGACAGACCAGAGAUAGCUGCCUAUCUGUGGGAACAGGUUGAUGAUCCCCUUAGUUCAGCUAUUACCGCAAGUGCCAUUCUAACCAGGAUGUCAGAUAUUCAGAUAAGUCUUCCAUAUUCAGACGAUGAUUACAUCAUCAAUGCAAGGAAAUUUGAGCAGCUGGCCAUUGGUAUAAUUGAAAAGUGUCAUGAGGCUAAUGAGGAAAUGUCCCAAAAGUUGGUAUCCUUUACCCAGACCAGAUGGAACAAGUCUGUCAUACACAUGGCUGCAGAGAGCCACAAUAAGGAAUUUGUGUCACACCCAUGCUGUCAGGGUUAUGUCCAUGCUAUCUGGCUAAAUGGUCUUGCUGCCAGGAACAUCCUCAUCCUCUUCACCCUCUUCUUCCCCAUCUUGAUUCCAUAUCUCAUUGGCUUCAAGGAGAUGGAGGAGGCAGUGAGUAAAGAAUCGUCAAAGCUCAGCCUUUAUCAAAAGUUCAGGAUGUACUACAAGGCUCCCAUCACCAAGUUCUACUAUUUUCUGGUGGCUUAUGUGAUGUUCUUAAUGCUUUACAGCCUCUUCAUCAUGUUCUACUUCAGAGCUGAGCCUUCGCUUGUUGAAUAUAUUGUUUUCACUUGGGUCAUCAGUUUUGUAAUAGAGGAAUUCACAGAGAUUCUCCUCAGCAACAGCGAGUUAACCAUUAAGCAAUGCUUCAAGGUUUGGUUCAAAAGCGGCUGGAAUAAGUUUGAUGUAUGUGUCCUGGUUCCCUCCACCCUGGCCUUUGGUCUACAUUGGUAUCCUCCUGCUGUUGAAGUAAGCAGGUCCAUCUACGCUGUAACCUGCAUGCUAUACUACGUCAGGGUUCUACGACUCUUCUCCGCCAGCACCCACCUUGGUCCCAAGAUGGUCAUGAUUUGGAAAAUGAUGCAAGAGAUGGUAGCAUUUCUAUCUAUCUUGGCCAUGUUUUUGCUUGGUUACGGUUUCGCUAGCCAAUCGCUGCUCUUUCCUAAUCAAGACAUCAGUUGGUUUUCCUUCAAGAAUGCCCUGUUAGUGCCCUAUUUUCAGAUUUAUGGAGAAUUGCAUCUUGAUGCUAUACAGCAUGGUGAAAUGGAUGGCUGUGGAAUGGAAGGAGGACACCCUUGUCCCACUGAGAACAUGUUGGUGGUCUUCCUACUUGCCAUUUACCUUCUGAUUGGAAAUGUCCUUCUAUUGAACCUUCUUGUUGCUAUAUUCAGUCGGAUUUUCGAAGAUAUCCAGGCUAAUUCUCUGGUGAUAUGGCGAUUUGAGUACUACUUCUUGGUGAUGGAGUUCAAAGACAAGUCAUGGCUACCCCCUCCCCUCAAUGUUAUUUAUCAUUUCUACACAUUACUCCGGUGGGUUUGUAGGUUCUGCAUCAGAACUUGUACAGAGAAGAGUGACAAUGAAGUUCAUGAAAAGAGGAAGCUUGAAGAGAUUAACCUACAUCUGUUUGAGAGGGAGUGUGCGGCUGAGUUCAGGAGAGACCGGGCAGAAGAUCAGGAUGAGGAUCUGGAGCAGAGAAUGGAGCGCAUGGAGAAAAAGAUUGAUGAAUUGGGAGAAGCUAUUUCACAUCUUAUUCCAAAGGAACAUAGCAUAAAGUCAGAAGUGCACAGGAAAGAAUCAACCGCCAAGCCUCCAUCAUCUAUGCCUGCCCCAAAGCGUGACAGCUCUGUCACUUCUCCGGUUAGAAAGGAACUUGAUUUCAACACUCCUUCGUCAUCUCUGACAGCAAGUAACUUCAAAGAGGCAAGUGCCUCCCAUGCAGGACAAAGUGCAGGAGCUGGUGAUGUGCAUGAAGGAAGGAAGAGGUUUGUAGAGCAGAUGAAUAAUAUGAAUGACUUCCUCCAACGAUCUCAAUCAGGUUCAAGAACACCAUGCAUCCCACCGCUGCCACAGUCUUCAAGGUCACCCCUGAUCCUUUCAGGUGACUCUCAGCUCUCACAGUCUGAGAUGCAGUCUUUCAUGAACCUUAUGCAGCAGAACCCAGCCUGGAAUGCCAUCGGCAGACAGCCGGUAAAUCAUGACGCCAAUGACGGCAGCGAUAACUACGUCCUGGAGCACACCAUCAUUGAAUCUCCAACCAUAUCUGAGAUGAGUGUACGUUCACCACCAGAAGGCGGUGACGUCCCACGAAGCAACAGCAGACCAAAGAGCGCGUCGAAGAAGAGGCGGAAAAAGAAGCGUGUGGCACCAGAGUCAAAGGAAAGCUCAGCGGAUGCUUGGUCAGUUUCCAGCAAUGAGUACAGUCCCAGAGGAUCAAGGACACCCUCAUCAACGGUCAGUCAUACCCAUAGCUACCCAGCUUGGUAUCAGAAGUCAGCGUUUCCGACAAUUAGAGAACAAGCUGAUGAGGAGCAAGAGCAACAGCAAUUGAAAGACUGAAGACUUUGGUAUUCAGAUUGUAACAUUCCAUCCAUAUCAGCUGAAGAAUGAUGUAUGGGCAUCAGAUUUAUUACCUCAUGCAAUCAUAUUUAUGUCUUUCUUAAUUACUUUGCAACAAUCAUACUUGUCACCUUGAUGUAAAUAUAGCAUAAGAGAUGAAUAUUUGUGUUUUAAUAACUUGAUGUUUUAGAUAUCAUUUUAGAUGUAUCUUUGGUAUACUGUGGCCAAAUAAUUGUUCCAUUUUCACAUUGUAAAGCAAAUUUCCUCUCUUUCCACUCUCGCAGUUUCUUUAAUAACUUAUUGAUCAAGCUGAUGUUUGUAUAUUGCAGCUGACUGACAGUGUGUGUUUGAUUGUCAUUCAUAUUUUUUGUCAUUCAUAUUUUUUAUCAUUCAAUUUGAAGUCAAUCAUAUAUUUUCUUUUUUUCGAUGAUAUACUAUUUGUAAAGUAAUCUUUCAAACGAAUACUUUCCUUUGUGCAGCUGUCUCAUAAUCACUGUUAAGCAAAAAUACAGCAGUUAAAUUUGAUAGCUUCAUAAUAAAAUUAUGGAAUGGUUGGAGAAUUAAUAAAGAGAGUGUAAAAUGAAAUGUAUUCAAAAGAAAUCAAUUUUGGCUAUAAAUAUGUUCAUAUUUUCACAAAGCCCGUGGGCAUGAUUUAUUGGUGAAGAUUAUUUAGACUUUAAAAGGGGGUUUUGCAAAAUUCUCUCACAGUUUUUCCAGAGUUUUACCCCAGAGAGGUUUUAUCUCUGUUUUUUUUCAGCUGGUCUGACUUGUCGCAUAAUAAGGGUCGGACAAUAAUUGUGGAAAUCAUUGUCUUAGGGCCCAGUAACAGCAUUAUAGAAAAACCAUAUAAACAAUGCCCCCGGACAAUGCCAGUUUAAAAUUUACACAGAUUACAACUAUGCUCUUAUACAUGGAUAUAUGCAAUACAUAUUUUUGUCAAGUGAGGUUGUAGUCUGUGUAAAAUUUUGAAGGGGUUAUGUUUAAAUGGUGUUUCCAUAAGUUCCAGUAAUUGUAAUGAAGAUAUACACUUUCUUGCUCACCAUGUAAAGAAGCUGAUACAUUCCAGAUUUGAUUAAGCUAAGUUCAGAGAAAUUAUGCACUGUCAGUUUUAUCCCUUUAUUUUGAACAGUAAAAAGAUUUGCAAACACCAAGCACAGUAUUUUUGUAUACAGUUGGUAUUGUUUUAAAGUA